AAAAAUGGAAAUGCGCAUGUGUAUGUAUACCAUGCGACACUCGGAAGAUUGCGCAAAACGCACUUACACCACAAUGUUAGAAUGAAUAAACAAUGAGAUUGUAACUACUUUGUGUGGAUUAGACGAACUAAUAAUUAAGACGAAGUUUUAAUAAAUAAUUAUAAUCAGGAACAUGUUUACUUUAUCUAAUAUACAUUUUAAUAAAAUAGUUAUAAAUGUGCGAAAAUUUUCUUCUUAUAAGAUAUACGAACGAAGUUAUACAACUUAUGUACAAGGUCAAUCACCAGAACCUCGUAUACGAGAAUACUUUUAUUAUAUUGAUCAUCAAGGCAUGCUGUUCUUGGAUGAUGUUCGUAUAAAAAAUUUUACAUCCUGUUUUAAAGACAAAAAGUUUUUGGCUUUCUUCUUCAAACGACUCAAAAUAAAUAACACUAGACGAUAUACACAAGAAUUUCCAUAUAUCUCUCUAUGUGGUUCGGAAAGGAAUUUUGUAAAAUGUGAUGAUCUCCCUAUAGUGUUCACAAAAAUUAUUCAAAAAAAAAAUCUAGAAAUUAACAAAAUGGAGGAUUGGUUUGGUUAUUCGCAUGCUGAAGAGUUUUUAAUGGUACCAUUUGAACCAAAAAAAUUAUUUAUGGACUCUAAUUCAGGCAGAGUAUAUCAUCCUGCGCCUGAAAAAGUAGGAGGGAUUGGUCUGGUAAGAUCUAAGAUUGCUAUUGAAUUGAGUAUUUUUUUCUGUUUUGAAAAUGGUGAAGAACAAGGUCCAACUCAUUUUCAAUGGAAAAAUAACAAACAUGUAAUUGAUAACGAGUGGUAUAAAAACAGUAUGAAAUAUAAAGAUUGCUACUAAAAAUUA